UUGGGGACAAAAACUCUUACCGCGGUGAGAGUAACCAAGCUUCACAUGCGUAGGUAUUUGCUCUUUAUAAAAAAAAUAAGACUGAAAGACGUUUUUAUUUUUCUCCAUUCAACCAGCGGGUCAGACGCCGGGCACUAACCACAGGAAUUUUCUUCAGGUAUUCAACAUGAACAGCAAUUACCCUUUUGCUGAAAAUCACAAACCAAGAAAUAUUGUCACCUUGCGGUGAGAAAAUACAUUUGUCCAAUUGUCCAUCGUCGCCAUUCACCAAUCGCGUGGUUCCUGCUGCUGUCCCAGUUGUGCUGUGGACCUGUCUGGAUAGAGGUGCUGUACGGUGUGACGGAUCAAUACAACAGGCUACCUACGCUGUCUUUACACGGAUAAAGCCAUGAACCAAGAGAAACUCGCCAAACUUCAGGCCCAGGUCCGGAUAGGUGGAAAGGGAACAGCUCGUAGGAAGAAGAAGGUGGUUCACAGAACGGCAACAGCCGACGACAAAAAACUCCAGAGUUCCUUGAAGAAACUGGCAGUGAACAACAUCUCUGGUAUUGAGGAGGUGAACAUGAUAAAGGACGAUAGCACGGUGAUCCACUUCAACAACCCCAAGGUGCAGGCCUCUCUGUCUGCCAACACGUUUGCCAUCACAGGCCAUGCAGAGAACAAACAGCUGACAGAGAUGCUGCCAGGCAUCCUCAGCCAGCUGGGGGCAGACAGCUUCACCAGCCUCCGCAAACUGGCUGAGCAGUUCCCACGCCAUGUACUUGACGACAAAUCGAUGUCAAUCAGCAAACCAGGAGAUAUUGAGGAGGAGGACGAUGACGUUCCAGAUCUCGUAGAAAACUUUGAUGAGGCGUCAAAGAAUGAAGCCGACUAA